AUGGCCUCACCGCACACUGCGCUGUUCCUGUUGCUGCUGUGCCUUGCGAUCGCCUCCACAGUGGGGGCGAGGGCUCCUGCGUGCAGCUGCAACUACGGUGUCGUGGUGACGGAGUCCCCAGGGUGCGCCUGCGCCUGCUUCGGCCAAUACCUCCUCCCGCACUGCCUCUACACCGCCGGCGACGUUGUGAAUGUGGAGCUGUGGCUCCAAAGUGCGGGCGAUGCAAACGAGAGCCUGCCGCUCUCCGGUGCCGACGUCACGGCCGGGCUCAGUGGGGCCUUCACGCUGGAGCCCGGCGAUGGCACGUUUGUGUUCAUGCGGUCACGAAGCGCCCCCUUUCUCGGGGAGCAGCAGCAGCGACCGGGGCGGAAGCGGAAUGAGACGCUCCUGGUCGCCGCAACAGUGGCGAUGCCCGGGUGGGCCGCGCAGCGGCUGCUCGCUGACGUCGCUCAAGGCCGCACCGCUGACUACCGGAUGCAAAACAGCUUCUCUGGUGUGCUGUACGCGAUCCUCGAUGUGCUUGAGGACGCCGUGGGCCCGGCGCCUCCGCUGCGUUACUUUGACGAGUCCUUCGCCAUAUUUCUAGGCCCCACCGGGACGUGGGCCCUCGUGGUGUCGAACUUCGGCUGGCUCAUCGCCGCCCUAAUCGUGGCGCUGCUGCUGCGGGAGAUCGAGAGCAGGUUGAUGUUCAACAUGUGGUUCAACGUCAAGGACACGCGCGUGCACCCCAAAGGCGCCAGCGCCACCAAGACGUCGGGUGAGAAACCGCGCCAAAAAACAAAGGGCGGCAACAGCAAAAGUGGCAGUCGCAGCAAAAGGAAGCCGAAUUACAUGUUGCGCAACGAGGAUGUCGCGGAGGCGCGGCAGAAGUACGAAAAGAAGCGGGCAAAACUUCUGCAGAAGUCAUUCAAUGUCGCGGAGGUGUCUGGCAGGCCGGACGACGCAAAUCCGCUCGUCGUUGCAACUCCUGCGCGGAACGUGACGGAGAAGACGGGGAAUGGGCUCAGGGAGAGGCGAAGCACCAGUCCAGGCAAGGGCCAGGGAGCGGUCAGGGACAGGUCGCCAAGCCAAUAUGGAGAGGUGUAG